AUGGACUUCUUGAAGACUGAACUAUGGCGCUCUGAACAUCAGGGCGCCUGCCCCCAUUUGCCUGGUAGCGAUGGGCUUUCUGAAGACCCACCCAAUGCUCGAGAGAGUAAACUGCGCUCUGAACAGGAGAGCAAAUGCCUCAAUGUUCGAGCAGGAAACUGCGCUCUGAACAUGAGAGCAGUCACAUCCGGCUGCCCACCUUGUUAUAAAUGCCAGCUAUUCCGUCUUGUAUCCUGCUUCUUCCCAUCAAACCAUCUCAUCUUUUCAUACACACCGAAACAAGCAAAGCUGCUCAUACAACACUAUCAUCAACCAUUGGAGUCUUGUAUAACAACCAAAUCCCUGAUAGCCAUCGGGGCUUAUCGUGAGUCUUCCUCGCCUGCAUCAUCAUGUGUUGAUCGAGUAGAGAUGUCGUCUCCCGGCAAGUACGUCCCACCUCAGCGACGUCAGCCAUGCCCCAACGCCGGGCUUAAAAGGGAUUCGGCCCUCUGUCUAUCAGCACCACCAUCUCCAUCACCAUCACCAUCACCAUCGCCAUCACCAUCACCAUCACCAUCACUACCAAAGUCCCCUCCUGGUACUGGAUACCAGAAGGGAGACUUCAUCUGGGUGCCCUCGCUCCCAUCCAGCAGUCUGCUCUAUCAGAGACUGCUCUGCGAGCGCAAUCUGGGAGCCCUGGAGCACCCGGGCGUCGUGACAGAUUACUGCUGCAACUCCGGUAUCGUCGAGUUCGCACCAGUCACGUCGUUCCGGGGCUUGGGCCCAAGGUCGUCCCAGUAUUCGGACUUCCUGAUGGUCGAAAACGGGUGCAGGCCGAGCCACAACGGCACUGUCCCUCUGCCCAUCAGGAUGGACGGCAAUUUCGGUGAAUUGAGCAAGGUCUCAUACGUCGAUCUCAAGCAUGCCUACCAGGUUGAGGAGCAGGAGUUGGGCGGCCAUCUUCGUGCCGGCAACAAGAUGGUCAGGCUCCUCCCUGAGGGUGUCGAGAUGUAUGAGACUGCACGGAAGGCACUUCAGGCUAGAUGCCCAUCGAUGCACUGA